CACUGUGCACUCACCACAGCGGCAUUUUGCCCCGCACAGUGCAAGCCCGCUGCAGGAUCCUGCGUUGCAACUCAGAGUAUGUGGCCUCCACCCUUCCCCUGCGAGCCCCUGGCAGGAGAGCGGCCCACUGCCUGGCCCUGCGCGCCUACGCCCGCUGCACCCGCCACACCGCCCGCAGCUGCCGCGGGGACCUGGCCUUCCACCUGGCCGUGCACGGCAUCGAGGACCUCAUGGCCCAGCACAACUGCUCCAAGGAGGGGCCCAGCCCGGGUCCCCGCCCCCCACAGCCCCGCAGGGCCGGCUCCCCAGACCUCUGCAACUACGAAAAGGCCUUUGCGCACAAGCGCGGCCGGCCCCCCACCUACCAGCACUGCGCUUCCUUUGGGGACCCCCACGUCCGGACCUUUGGGGACGACUUCCACACCUGCCGCGCGGAGGGCUCCUGGCCACUGCUAGACAACCACUACCUGUAUGCCCAGGCCACCAACUCCCCCGUGGCCAAAGGAUCAGACGCCACGGCCAUGAGCAAGAUCACCAUCAUCUUCAAGAACAUGAAGGAGUGCGUUGACCAGAAGGUCUUCCAGGCAGAGGUAGAAAACCUCCCGGCGGCUUUUGUGGACGGCUCGGUCAACGGGGGGGAGCGGCCUGGUGGGGACAGCCUCAGCAUCCUUGAACGGGCUCCCGGGCAGCACGUGGAGAUCCGGGCGGCCUACAUCGGCACCACCAUUGCAGUGCGCCGGGCAGGGAAGCAGCUGUCCUUCUCCAUCCGCGUGGCCGAGGAGGUGGCCAGCUCCUUCACCGAGAAGCAGGACCUGCAGCUGUGCGUGGGAGGAUGCCCGGCCAGCCAGCGCAUCUCCCGGCACACCGGCUGCUGUGGCCAUGGCACCAUCGCCACCGAGAAAGCCCGCCGGCUGUGCAAGGAGAAGCUGCCGGUGGAGGACGUCUACUUCCACUCGUGUGUUUUCGACGUGGUGGCCUCGGGGGACAGCAACUUCACCCUCGCGGCUCGUGGCGCCUUGGAGGAUGCCCGAAUCUUCCAUCCGGAUUCCCAGAAGCUUCACCUCUUCCAGCAGGAUGCUGCCCGCCAGGUUGCCACCAGCUCCUUCCUCUGCCUCACCCUGGCCGCGAUUCUGCUACUCGCCUGGGAGAUCUAAACUCUGCCCGCGUUGGCAGGAGUGUCUUCCUCCUAAGGCAGGGCGGGGGGCUCCCUGAGGGUCUCGGAGACCCCGGCUGGCCUGGGAGCCUCCCUGGGCUAUUUCUGUGGCAGCUGAGAUGGCUGGGGGUGUCCGUAGUUUUUUUUGAAAGGAAACGCUUCCUGUAUGAAGUGGGGGGUCUUUGGGGGGCUUGAAGCAGCCUCUUUUGUCUGCUGCAGAGGCCGCCAGAGGAAGCCUGCAGAGACGGGCCUCCUCCUUCCCCCCCCAAGCCCUCUGGGUGAAGGCAGCAUCGGGAAACGGCUCCAGGCUUCCUCCGGCCAUAAGGCAGCCCCGAAGGCAGUUUGCCAUAAGUGUCAUUAGCUCCCUUUGAGAAGAAAGGGCUGGGAUUCAACCAGGGUCUUUACCUGCAGGUGAGACCCUCUGGCCUCCCAACACUCUGGAAAGGCUCGGCUUUGUCAUCCUGAUGCUGGAGAUCUGGGUUAAAGUUCCUCCCACGCUCGGCAUCUAUUUCUGCAGCCCCCCCCAACCCCCCCUCCCAUUUGUUUCUCCUGCUGCUUUG